AUGGCGGAUCGCUAUAUUCUCCGCGUGACGGCUGGUCCAGGUUACGAUGAGAAGAACCAUGUCCUCGUACCCGUCAACGUGGCCAAGCCGGUCAAGAUCGCCGGCCCACUGGCGACGAUCGACUUGUCAGUCCGAGUAAGGGACUACAAUGGACUGCCUCGUGGCUCGCCAAGCUCUUCCAAGUAUUUUGAGACGGAACCGCACGCCUACAACCAAGACCAGUACAGUAUCUGCUUCAGCUUCACCCCUCACGCGCCCAAAGACAGUCAGAGCGGUGGAGAGAAGGACGGCAUCAAAGGCACGGAUUUGCAAUUUGGCAAUGAUUUCGAUCGUCCGAUUCGGGACAAGCUCCCACCAGGAUUCAGCACGGCUAUGAAUAUUGUGAAGUGGUGGAUCGACCCUGGCCUGGAUGGAGACGCGUACGCUGACCGGCCGCACCUCUACGGCCCAGCUCUAUCUUCGUUGAAUGCGUUGCACAUUGGCGCACCCGAGACCGCGGAAGACAAGGGAGGCAUCUUUGUCGAAGAAGGCGGCGGCGAAGACGUGAGGACCAAAAUGGGCAUGCCAGAUGACAGUAAGGGGCGUAUGAAGUGGGGCUUGAACGAUGCCAACAAAGAGUCAUGGCUGUGGAAGUACGAGGAGACGUACGGGAUGGACUUUUACAAUCCUUACAUUGACUUCUCGACAUUUUCCCUGCGGCUGCCGGGCUUCCAUCUCCCGAUACUGAAGUACUGGGACGGACAAGGACUACGAUACGUUCUCAGAAACCGCCUAACGGGCGAGGUAUACCUCGCAGUAUGCUUCACGAUCCACCUGAAGGAGGAUGUCGACGAGGAGGGCAACAUCAAAGAGGAAGCGAAAGAGCAGGAUCGGAAAGACGACGAGAGCAGACAGGAGAAGGGAGCCGCGCCAUCGAGCCAGGUGAAGAACACGGCGGAAGAUGACCUAGACUGA